GCUCCCGGCGCGCCCCGCGCAGAGCGGGGGGCGGGAGCGGCGGCGUGGGGAGCGCGCCCGGCGCUGCGCCUCCAUCCCUGCCCGCCGUGCCGCCGGCAUGUUCUCCAGGAAGAGCCACGCCGACGUCAGGAAAUCCACGCAGAAGGCGCUGGACCCCAAGCGGGACGUGCUGACCCGCCUGAAGCACCUCCGCGCUCUGCUGGAUAUCGUGGAUGGAAGUGACCUCAAGCAGUUUUUUGACAACAAUUACUCUCAAAUUUAUUUUAUAUUCUAUGAAAACUUCAUAACACUGGAAAACAGCUUGAAACAAAAAGGGAAUAAAUCACAAAGGGAGGAGCUGGACUCCAUCCUCUUUCUUUUUGAAAAAAUAUUGCAGCUACUACCAGAGAGGAUUUUUUAUCGAUGGCAUUUUCGCAGUAUAGGGUCGAUUCUGAAGAAGCUUUUGCACACUGGAAAUUCUCUCAAGCUCAGGUGUGAAGGAAUCCGCCUGUUCCUGCUGUGGCUGCAAGCCCUGCAGACCAACUGUGGCGAGGAGCAGAUCCUGAUGUUCGCCUGCCUGGUGCCCGGCUUCCCCCCGCUGCCGUCCUCGCGCGGGCCCUGCACGCUGGAGAGCCUGGUCAGCCCGCCGGCCGCGCCCGACGCUAAGAUAUUUCCAGAAGAAAUAACGCCGCUUUUGCCAGCUGUCUCUGGAGAGAAAAUUGCAGAAGACCAGACCUGCUAUUUUCUCCAGCUCCUAUUAAAAUAUAUGGUAAUUCAGGCUGCCAGCUUGGAGUGGAAGAACAAGGAGAACCAAGACACUGGUUUUAAGUUUCUCUUUACUUUGUUCAGAAAAUACUAUCUUCCUCACUUGUUCCCAUCUUUUACAAAGCUAACCAACCUCUACAAACCUGUGCUGGACAUCCCUGAUAUCAGGCCGAGGCCAGUGUAUGUCACUGCAACACGGAACAAUGAGAGUGUCUACUGCACUAAAAUCCCCUACAUGGCAGCUCGAGUGGUUUUUAUCAAGUGGCUCGUUACCUUCUUCCUUGAAAAGAAGUAUUUAACUGCUGUUCAGAGCACAAAAAAUGGAGGAGAAGUGCUCCCUAAAAUUAUUCAGACGGUCGCCGUGGGCCAGGAGAAGAGCGCGGAGCUGGAGGCGGGCGCGGCGCCCGCGGGCGAGCAGGAGCGCGGCCACUCCAGCAGCAGCAGCCUCUCGGACAGGAGGCUCAGCAGCUGCAGCCUCUGCAGCGUGGAGGAGCAGCACCGCGGCGUCUACGAGAUGGUGCAGGGCAUCCUGCUCUCCACGCGCGGAUACGUCAACUUCGUCAACGAGGUGUUCCGCCAGGCUUUUUUGUUGCCGCCUUCUGAUAUAUCCGCAACACGGAAGGUGGUGAAAGUGUACCAGAAGUGGAUACUGCAGGAGAAACCUGUGUUCAUGGAGGAGCCAGACAAGAAGGAGGACAGCCAGGAUGCUGUUGCUCCCUUGGAAGACUCCUCAGUGCAAACAGACGGUAAACAUCUCUCCUCGGAGCCCAGCGGGCACAAGCGCUCCUCCAGCUGGGGCAGGACCUACUCCUUCACCAGUGCUGUCAGCAGGGGCUGCGUGCUGGAGGAUGAGGACAGGGAUGUGAAGGCUGGUGCUCAGGCUGCGCUGCAGGUAUUCCUGACAAACUCGGCAAAUGUUUUCCUGCUGGAGCCAUGCACUGAGGUCCCUUUGCUGCUGAAGGAGCAGGUGGAUGCUUGCAAAGCUGUUCUCAGCAUCUUCAGGCGUAUGAUAAUGGAGCUGUCCAUGAACAGGAAGACGUGGGAACAGAUGCUGCUGAUACUCCUCAGAAUAACAGAAGCUGUGAUGCAGAAGCCAAAGGAGAACCAGACAAAGGACACGUUUGCUCAGAGCAUGGCAGGGCUGCUGUUCAGAACCCUCAUUGUGGCUUGGAUCAGAGCCAACCUGAGCGUUUACAUCUCCCGGGAGCUGUGGGAUGAGCUGCUCAGCGUCCUGUCCGGCCUGACGGACUGGGAGGAGCUCAUCAACGAGUGGGCCAACAUCAUGGACUCCCUGACAGCAGUGCUGGCCAGGACUGUGUAUGGUGUGGAGAUGACAAACCUGCCCCUGGACAAGCUCAGUGAACAGAAGGAAAAAAAGCAGAGAGGCAAAGGUGGUGUUUUAGAGCCUCAGAAGACAGCUGUAGUAGGAAGAUCUUUUUCCUUAAGCUGGAAAAGUCACCCCGAAGUUGUGGAGCCAAUGAGAUUCAGAAGUGCCACAACCUCUGGGGCCCCGGGAGUGGAGAAAGCAAGAAACAUUGUCCGUCAGAGAGCCACAGCUAAGCGAAGCCAGUCUAUCAGCAACUGUGUCCAUCUUUAUGAGGCUUUGCCAGCCACUAAAAGUGUACCUCUUCUGCUUCACACUGUGAGCUCUCUCUUCCCUGGUAUCUCUUACACUUCUUGCUCUCACAGACUGUCAGAAGUUGAAGAAUCUCAACAGCUGGAAAACUCAGAAGGAACAGAAGCUGCAGGCCUAUUUGCAGACCAAGAGCAGCAGCUAACUCGAAGCAGCAGCACUUCAGAUAUUGCAGAUCAGAUUCCAUCUGAUUUUUUUCAAGGUAAAAAGGCUGGAAAUUCAACUUCAGACUCCAAAUUGGUUCAGGAAAAUAAGGGAUAUGUAAAGGAGCAUGAAGCCGAGCAAGUGCUAAUGCAGAGGAGCAGCAGUACAGCUGAUCUGGAUCUGAAAGCAGACUUGCAGCAAUCUCACGGGUAUUACAGAGAGAGAGAGAAAAGUGAGAGCGUGAGCAGUGACACGUCCCUGGGCUGUGGAGCUGACGUGGACAUCGCGCUGGUGGCCUGGCAGGCGGCCGAGGAUGACCCCGAGGCCGGGCUGGCGGCGGGAGCGGGCGGGGACCCCGCAGCGCCGCGCUGGCUCCAGCUCAGCCCCUCGCAGGAGCCUGCCAACCUCACAGACAGCAGUGAGUUCCUGGCUGAUGAUUGCAGUAUAAUUGCUGGUGGGAGCCUUAUUGGUUGGCAUCCUGAUUCUGCUGCUGUGCUGUGGAGGAGAAUCCUGGGAAUUCUUGGAGAUGUGAACAACAUACAGUCACCUAAAAUCCAUGCAAAAGUUUUUGGCUACCUUUAUGAGCUGUGGUAUAAACUUGCAAAGAUCCGGGACAACCUCGCUAUCAGCGUUGACAAUCAGUCAACUCCCUCUCCUCCCGUCCUGAUCCCUCCUCUCAGGAUAUUUGCAUCAUGGCUGUUCAAGGCAGCCAUGCUCCCCAGCGAGUACAAGGAGGGGAAGCUGCAGGCAUUCCGGCUGCUCUGCGCCAUGAUGAGCCGGCGCCAGGACCUGCUGCCCAACUCCGACUUCCUGGUGCACUUCUACUUUGUCAUGCGCCUGGGGCUGACCAGCCAGGACCAGGACAUCCUGAACACCGUCAUAAAGCACUGCCUGCCGUGGUUCUUCUUCCUGGGGCUGCCUGGCUUCACAAUGCUGAUCGGGGACUUCCUUGGAGCGGCGGCACGCGUGCUGAGCACGGACACGCCGGAGGCUCCCCGCUCUGAGGCUCACACCAUCCUUGGUGCCCUUGUGUGCUUUCCAAACACCUACCAAGGAAUCCCACAGUGGGGACCCAUCUCAGAAGCUGGUGACAGCAUCACAGGAACUUCAGAUUUGAAGUAUUGCCUCAUAAAUAUUUUAUUGAAGAAUGCCGCAGAGGAGCCAAGUGAAGCUGCAAGAUGCAUAGCCAUCUGUGGCCUUGGCGUGUGGAUCUGUGAGGAGCUCACGCAGUGCACCAGCCACCCCCACGUGAAGAAAGCCAUCAAUGUCAUAGGUGUGACACUGAAGUUUUCCAACAAGCUGGUGGCUCAGGUAGCCUGUGAUGUCCUUCAGCUGCUGGUGUCUUACUGGCAGAAGCUUCAGGAGUACGAAUCCUCUCUGUGCCGGAAAAUUACAGAAAUCCUGGUGGCCACCAUCGCGUUUCUCCUGCCCGGCGCCGAAUACUCCUCCUUGGAAGUGGAUAAGAAGUUCAUAGUUUCACUGCUGCUUUGCUUGCUGGACUGGUGCAUGGCACUGCCCAUGAAAAUGCUGCUGGAGCCCGUGUCUGCUGGUGCUGUGGAGGAUCAACAUGCAUCUAGAGCUCCUUUGCUGGAUUAUAUUUACAGAAUCCUGCACUGCUGCAUCAAUGGCUCCAGCACCUACACGCAGCAGAGCCACUAUGUGCUGAGCCUGGCCGACCUCUCCUCCUCUGACUACGACCCCUUCUUGCCCCUGGGGAACGUCAGGAGCUCCUCUGAGCCAGCCCAGUGCCCCUCCUCCACCGAUUUGGGCAACCUGCUCACCGUGGCUGAAGAGAAGAGGAGGAGGAAUUUGGAGCUGAUCCCUCUCACGGCUCGGAUGGUCAUGACUCACCUGGUGAACCACCUGAGCCACUACCCGCUCAGCGGGGGCCCGGCCAUCCUGCACAGCCUCCUGAGCGAGAACCACGACAACUCCUACGUGGAGUCCUCCGAGCUGUGCUCGGAAGUGUUCCGCAGCCCCAACCUGCAGCUCUUCGUGUUCAACGACAGCACUCUCAUCUCCUACCUCCAGAUCCCUGCCGAGAAGAAGGGCACUGAGCCAGCAGCAGCGCCCUCGGACGUGCGGGUGAUCGUGCGGGACAUCUCAGGGAAGUACUCCUGGGAUGGCCGGGUGCUGUACGGGCCCCUGGAGGGCUGCGUGCCGCAGCGCAGCACGGCCGCUGCCUUCGUCAUCUCCAGCGACCCCCAGCAGGACGGCCUGUCCCAGAACGAUGUGUCCCAGGUGGAGGAGGGGGAGGACGCCCUGGACCAGCUGCUGGAGAGGAUCGGGAGCAGCAGCCCCGAGUGCCUCCUGCACCCGCAGCGCAAGCUGAACGAGCCGGCGCCGCCGCCCUGCGGGAUGAGCCCCGAGCAGGAGCGGGCCAUCACCGAGGCCCUGCUGCGGCAGAGCGCCCAGGAAAGGGAGUUCAUCCUCAAGUGCAGCUCGGACUGCAGCAUGAGCGUGGCCCGCCAGGAGCCACCGCCUCCUGCCCAGCCCCAAGCCUCCUUUUAUUUCUGUCGCCUGCUGCUGAACGACUUGGGGAUGAACUCCUGGGAUAGAAGAAAAAGCUUUCAUCUGCUGAAGAAAAAUUCAAAGUUGCUGAGAGAACUGAAAAAUCUGGAUUCCCGCCAAUGUCGUGAGACUCACAAGAUCGCCGUGUUCUACAUCGCUGAGGGACAGGAGGACAAGUGUUCCAUCCUGGCCAACGCCAGGGGCAGCCAGGCCUAUGAAGAUUUUGUUGCUGGGCUGGGCUGGGAGGUCGACCUGUCCACGCACGGUGGGUUCAUGGGCGGCCUGCAGCGCAACGGCAGCACGGGGCAGACCGCGCCCUACUACGCCACCUCCACCGUGGAGAUCAUCUUCCACGUGUCCACAAGGAUGCCCUCCGACUCAGACGACUCGCUGACCAAAAAGCUCCGUCACUUGGGGAACGACGAGGUUCACAUCGUGUGGUCCGAGCACACCCGCAACUACCGCAGGGGCAUCAUCCCCACCGACUUCGGGGACGUCCUCAUCGUCAUCUACCCCAUGAAGAACCACAUGUUCUUCAUUGAGAUCAUGAAGAAGCCCGAGGUGCCCUUUUUCGGUCCCCUCUUCGACGGCGCCAUCGUGACCGCGAAGCUGCUGCCGAGCCUGAUCUGUGCCACGUGCAUCAACGCCAGCAGAGCCGUCAAGUCCCUCAUCCCGCUCUACCAGAGCUUCUACGAGGAGAGAGCUCUGUACCUCGAAGCCAUCAUCCAGAACCAUAAAGAAGUGAUGACGUUUGAGGAUUUUGCUGCUCAGGUCUUCUCUCCCUCUCCCAGCUACUCCCUCGGUGGAACUGAUUAGAGUGUUAAUGCUCUCGGUACAGUAACAGCCACAGGCUGCCUCACCACCAGUGCAAGCGCUGACCUCGCUGACACCACCGGCGUCGAGCUGGUGGAGCUGCCCUUGUCCUCACGUGCCUCCAGGAGCAGGCUCUCCAGGAAGCUCUGCUAGAGCCCUCAGCAAGGUGUCCACCUGAGCCCCGAGAACAGAGCUGUGGCCGGGGCAGCCACGGCACCUGAGCACAGAUCAGAAUGGGCAGUCUGGGUGAACAUGUCUUGAAGGGGUGAGGUGAGGGGUUUGCUCUGUGAAAUGGCCCUUCCCCAGUCUGGUCAGACAUGGCUGCCUGUCAGACAUGACCUGUGUCACCAUCACCACUGCACUGGCACCAGGUGAGCAAGGGCUCCAAGCCUCUGGGUGCAGGUGCUGCAGCCAGAGGUGAACCAGCACUGAAACUAGUUAUUUAAUGUACCCUUAGAGCAUCGCUUUAGUCAUUCCAGGCAGCACUUACCUGUGCAUUAGGGAGUUUCUUCUAAAGAGAGGUUUUCCUGUGACUGGCCAGGUAGCAGAUGUUCCCUGCUGGAGCACAGGUGGAUGAGGGAGGAGCUCUCCAGUUGGUGCUGUCCCACUGCGGGAGUGCUGUGGCCUUUCUGUGGUGUGUGCAAUGGCUGCGCACUGGAACUGCUCCCUAGAGAAACAAAAAUAAGCAAAUCCCUUUUAGAAGAACAAAAACCACACUCCUGCCAUGAUCCCUUCCCAGCACAGUGUGAAGAACUGGGUAACCUCCUCACCUUGUCCCAGCAGGCUGUGACCUGUCUCUAGCCAGAGUACAAGACAGCUGAAGGCUUCUGAGGACUUAGGAUGUCCUCCUGGCACCUGCUGUAGUGAGCAGAGCUCAUGUUGGCAGUAGAUGAUGUGUUUUGGUUUACACGUGUCGUAGGUUGAUGGGGUGAAAAUUUUUAUAGUUAAGUCCGGGUAUUUUAAAGCAACAGAAAUCUGAGAUCCAGCAGCCAGAGAGCCCUGUCCUGCUGCUGCUUGGUUGCUCCUGGGCACACACAGGCACACCUCUCAACAGAAUGGGAGUUGCUUUAAGCAAAGGGAUUGUGGUUUUUGGGAAAUGUGCCGUUGGGCCCCCAUCUGUUUUUGCACUUACACUUGGUGUUACAGCCAUCUGUCUGUCUGACCGUCUGCGUGCCAGCACCUGGCCAGAGGCCACCCUGUGCCUGUGGGGCACAUUCCAGCCACGGCCAGUGAUGCCCAGGCAGCCCUGGGGCUCUGCCCUGCGCUCUGUGCCCGAGGGGCAGCAGCGCAGCCUCCUGCCCGACAGGAACUCACCUGGUGCAGCUGCAGGAAGGAGCCUCUGUCACUGAGGGCUUGGACAACUGGUUUGAUUUUCUGCCUCACAGUUGGGCUUUGCUUCUGUUGAUUUUCUGUCAGUGAAGGAACCUAGAAAAUAAAACAUGUAUUUUAAUUUAUUUUGCAUUCAGGGCUGGACAGGCAAGGCUGUCUGGCACUUAGUUAUCCAAUAGCUGGUCUGAAACAAUUUCAAAGGCAUCCUUCUGAGUAAGGAGCUCUUUCUCCUUAGAGCAAUAUGUACCUCUAAUUCAGGGAAGAAUUAAGACAUCAAUGAAAAUCAUGUUUUCCUGAUGUCAAAAACCUAUUAAUUUGUAUAAACUCCACUGUGGUUUUGCACCCUGGACUGGAUGACAAAGCCACUCUGUCACCCCUCACAAAAUUAAUAAAUCUUUGCUCACAAUAAAGUUUCUCCCCAGAGCAAUAAAA